CCGCCUAUGGGUGGAGUUCAAGGCAAUAUAGCCAGACAAACACAGGUAGUUUAAUGUCAUGCGCAUGCAAUAGAUUCCCAGAUUUUACAACGUUCCAUACGUGGUGGACUGCACUUAAAAUAAAAGAAGGGACAGCGUUUGUGCUUUGGCAAUUUCUUCACGUGAUUAUUGCCGGUGUCACGUGACAUUCUAGCUUCAGUGUUGCGGUUGCGGGUGAUGGCUUGGUGAUGCUCCCGAUAAACUAGCCUACAUCCUGGGACCAGUCUAGAGAGAAAAUCGUGCUAUACCAAGGUUGGACACUACCGACAAGUAGCUCCCACACCCCUCUCCUAUUCCUUCCUUGUCGUUGGACUCCACACCCCAGCUCAACAGACAGGAAUGGAGAACCAGGAGGAGUCGAGGAAGCUCAAUGGGGGGCCUGGGUCAGCGGCUCAGGGCUCGGGGGACGCCGGUCAGCCCAAGCAGAGCAUGCAGCUGAAGAAGGAGAUCUCGCUGCUCAACGGCGUCAGUCUCAUCGUGGGCAACAUGAUCGGCUCUGGCAUCUUUGUGUCGCCCAAGGGCGUGCUCAUCUACAGCGCCUCCUAUGGGCUGUCGCUGGUCAUCUGGGCCAUCGGCGGCAUCUUCUCCGUGUUCGGGGCACUGUGCUACGCGGAGCUGGGCACCACCAUCACCAAGUCAGGGGCCAGCUACGCCUACAUCCUCGAGUCCUUUGGGGGCUUCAUCGCCUUCAUCCGCCUGUGGACGUCGCUGCUCAUCAUCGAGCCCACGAGUCAGGCGAUUAUCGCCAUCACGUUCGCCAACUACCUCGUGCAACCUCUCUUCCCCACCUGCGAGCCGCCGUACUCCGCUUCACGCCUCAUCGCGGCCGCCUGCAUCUGCUUGCUGACAUUCAUCAACUCUGCCUACGUCAAGUGGGGCACCCGCGUACAGGAUCUCUUCACCUAUGCCAAAGUCCUGGCCCUCAUAGUCAUAAUCAUCACAGGGAUUGUCAAACUGUGCCAAGGAAACACAAAGAACUUUGAGGCCUCCUUCCAGGGUUCGUCCCUAGAGCCAGGGGACAUCGCUCUGGCCUUAUACUCUGCCCUCUUCUCCUACUCUGGGUGGGACACGCUUAACUUUGUUACCGAGGAGAUCAAGAAUCCUGAGAGGAACUUGCCCUUGGCCAUCGCCAUCUCCAUGCCCAUUGUCACAAUCAUCUACAUCCUGACCAACGUGGCAUAUUACGCCGUGCUGGACAUGAGUGCCAUCCUCGCCAGCGACGCUGUGGCGGUGACGUUUGCAGACCACACCCUUGGGGUCAUGAGCUGGACCAUCCCUAUAGCUGUGGCUCUGUCCUGCUACGGAGGACUGAACGCCUCCAUCAUCGCCGCGUCCAGGCUGUUCUUUGUGGGGUCGCGAGAAGGUCAUCUGCCGGAUGCUUUGUCCAUGAUUCAUGUGGAACGCUACACUCCUGUUCCUGCUCUGCUCUUCAAUUGUGCUAUGGCCCUGAUCUACCUGGCCGUGGAGGACGUCUUCCAGCUGAUCAACUACUACAGCUUCAGUUACUGGUUCUUCGUGGGUCUGUCUAUCGCUGGACAAAUCUACCUACGCUGGAAGGAACCAGACCGACCCCGACCUCUGAAGCUGACACUUUUGUACCCCAUCAUCUUCUGCCUGUGUACGGUGUUCCUGGUGGCAGUGCCUCUCUACAGUGACACGCUGAACUCCAUAAUUGGUAUAGCGAUCGCCCUCUCUGGAGUGCCAGUUUACUUCCUGGGAAUCUAUCUCCCAGAAUCCAAGAGGCCACCCAUCAUCUCAAAGCUGCUGCGUGCCAUCACACACUUUACUCAGUUCUCCUGCUUCUGCGUUCUCACUGAGAUGGAUGUGAGCGAGUGAAGGAGACCAUCACGGGAUCUCACUGCCACGUCACCCCAGCAGUCGCUCGCACUACACCUCCCCAAAACACUGACACCGCAGCAGGAGCGAGGACUCCACGUGGAUUUAUCCCACUCUCUUCACUUUCAGGCUUGACUUGAUUUAUUUCACAUGCUUGAAUACACUUUCAUCACCCGAUGGUCUACAUGUCAUGGCCGGUUCUUCUGGGUCUGGGAACAUGAAUUCACACACUCACCUGCACACCUGUUCUGCACCCGUUCUGUCCAGCAUGUGUCCACUCCUGGGGCCUCUGCUCCUCUCAGGGACGUCAUUGAGGAACAGUAGUGCUGAAUGCCCUGGGCCGCCUUCAGCCAACUGGACUGCUACACUUAAAGAAACCCAGGGUAUUUUAGCCAGCUAGACUGACACAUGAAGUGCCAGGGGCCUCUCCCCUCUCUGUGAUGAGAGGCUAAUGUUGGGUACCAAUACUGUCUGGGCGUUAUGGUUUGAUUCGUUUUUUUUUUUUUUUUUUUUUAAUAGAACGUUUUAAAUAUUGUAUUAUUUAUACACUGUUUUUAAUGAGGAAAUGAUUUGUUUUCCCAGACUUUCAAAGUUUCAGUGUAUGUGCGGUUUACAGCUUGUGAUGCAGCCUUCUAAUCAUAUUAAUGUAUGGUGUUUUGUAGAUGUGUCUGAUGGGGACUCUUCUGGGACUCUUAUUAAUCUACUUUCAAGCCUUCAUAUUAUGUGAAAAUGAACAGAAUCCUUUGUAUAUGCUGCUAUCCAAUUUCAUUCUGCCAUGUUUUUCUUGCAAAUAUUUAUGUAGGUAUCACUCUAAAUCAGUUUACUUGAGGCGAUUGUUAGGCAGAACUAGUUAUGAAAGCAGCUCUUCUGGUUGAAGGUAUCAGUUGCAUUCUGUUAUGAUCACUUGCCUACACCCCUUAUUUACAAAGGGUAUAUCGACCAUCAUUAUGCAGUAUCUAUUUCAAUGUCCCUCAUAUAUAGGCAAAGCUUGUCUCCAGAAAUAUAUAUUCUUUGUAUCAGUAGAUUUCAGUGUUAGUCUUGACUGUGUUAUACUAUUUGUGAAAUGAUUAUGGUGGUGUGUAUGAAUGCUGUACUGUACUACAGUGACUUCAGUGAAGUGUAUUAUUUUACUUUACAGUCACGAUGAUGUUCCUCCAUUAGUUUUCCAUCAUUGUGUGUGUGGCUAAGAACCGGACUGUCCACUGGUUCUCCAUUUUCUUUUAUCUGGGGCAAUAAAGAGUCACAAACUA